CCACCCAGCGCAAUCCCACUAAUCAGUAGGCCAACGAUCCUCCAACGAGAUGCACCUGCUGUUCCUCCUGCUCCUCCCCUGCGUUCCACUGGGCGUUCCUGGCGAGGUUCUGCCCCUGGAACCCGACUUGGACAACAUUCAGGUGGGUUUCGUGCGGAGUGCCAAUCGCGGAGACAAGCUGCAGGUCUUCCACAGCAUCUGGGGGGCCAUUCGCUCGGACUUCGCCGAGGACACGGACAAGGUGAAGGGCCUCUACGGCCAGCUGGGCGCCUUCAUCCGCGACGAGAUGCAGUGCAGCAGCGGGGCCGCCGGGCGGUCGGCCUGCGAGCUGCAGCAGGAGGUGCGCCGCCACCUGAGGACGCUGAUGGCCCAGCGGCUGGCCAACCAGCUGAACGCCGAGGAGAGCCUCCGGACGUACGGCAUGUACAUAGCGGCCAGCGUGGAGCCCGCUUUGGUCAGGGACAUCCUGGUGCGCGCCAUCGAGGACGUGUACUUCCAUCGGCCGGCGGACAGGCUGGUCCAGCAGCUGGAGCAAAUCUACGCGGAUCGCGACGAGGUGAGCUUCCGCAUGAUGAUCGAGGCGCAGCUGGUGCUCUUCUGGCGCUACCAUUCCAUGCAGGACGACAGCGAGGCGUUCCUGUUUAACAUGGCGCACAUGGUCAGCAAGAUUAGGACGCAUCACAUGUACGCCAGCGUGGAUGGUUCGCUGCAGAAGCGAGUGGAGUCGGUGGCCAAAAGUCUGCCCGCUGUGCUGGCGCUGCUCUUCCAUCCGCAGGGCUUCUGUUUGUUGAGUCGCUCCGAUCGCGAGUACAUCUACACGACGAUCACGGAUGAGUGGAACUACGGGCUCAACGGCAGGCAGGUCUUCGCCUGGCACGAGCAGAACUACACCGAUUCCGCGGGCCUCAUCCGCGCGUUUGUCCAGGAGCAGCAGCACUCCGAUGGACCGCCUGUCUUCACGCUGCGCAGCGAGCUCUUCAAAUGGUACUUCUUCGUGGAUCCCACGCAGGCCAAUCGACUGGGCGCCCUGCGCUCGGGCAGUCCCAGUUCGUCGUCCAGUUUCUGGAGCAUCGCCUAUGCCGGCGACGCCCUCAUCUUCCGGCAGCGCGAUCUCACGCUCUGUGCGGCCGAGAAGUACGACGAGGAGCGCAGGCUGGUGAAGAUGCUGCCGGGUCAGAUGCACACGCCGCCCUCGGAGGCCUGUCAGUGGCUGCCCAUCGAUUGUGCGGCGCCAAAGUGAACGGGAUGGGUGGAGUCCGUUUUUGCGGGGAAAUAAAUACACUCGAUAGUGUAAACUUACAAAUUUUCGUUUUCUAGAAAGAAAUUUUUUGUCUAUUUUUAAUGGAGAGAUUUCUAAUAUUGUGUGUGAGUGUACUUACAUGUUUUCAAUAUAUUUACCAUAAAAUAAAUACACUCGAUAGUGUAAACUGACAAACUUCA